GAAAAAGUUACUUUUAUUCGUUCUAUACCGUUUAGCCUUGAGUGGCAGUCGUGAAAACCAACCACAAACAUGGGCAAUACGGACACGAAGCUGAACUUUCGCAAAGCCAUUGUGCAGCUGACGAGCAAAAGUCAGCCGAUCGAUGCGAGUGAUGACGCAUUUUGGGAACAAUUCUGGUGUGAACACAACACGCCGGUGCAGGACGUGUUUGCGCUGGUGCCGGCCAAUGAAAUACGAAAAGUGCGCGAUGUAAUGCCGACCAAUUUGGCCACUCUGUGCUACAAGGCGACGGAACGGAUGGUGCGCGCGGUGGACAACAGCUGUCGGACGCAGGGAGAGCAGCAGACCGUACUGAACUGUGUUCGCCUGCUGACGCGCAUUCUUCCGUACGUUUUCGAAGACGUUCAGUGGAAGGAUUUCUUCUGGUCGUCGCUCCCUUCGUCCAAUGGAGAGAAAGAGGAAACAGGUUCCAUUCCGCUGGCCCAGAGCCUUCUGAAUGCCAUCUGCGAUCUGCUGUUCUGUCCGGAUUUUACCGUCGUCGGGUACCGCAAGUCGGGCCCCGAGAAGGCCGAAGAGCUGAACUCGAUCGACAGUUGCGAGUACAUCUGGGAGGCGGGUGUCGGUUUCGCCCAGUCGCCACCGCGCAACGGAAACAUGGACUCCCGGCGCACGGAACUGCUGAAGCUGCUGCUGACGUGCUUCAGCGAAACCAUGUACCGGCCGCCGACGGCCAGCGAUGAACCAAACCGGUGGAUUGUUCACUUUACCAGUGCGGAGAACCGGCAUGCAUUGCCCCUGUUCACCUCGCUGCUGAAUACGGUGUGUGCGUACGAUCCGGUCGGUAUCGGUGUGCCGUACAAUCACCUGCUGUUUACCGACACGCUCGAGCCGCUGGUAGAAGUUUGCCUGCAGAUUCUAAUCGUGACACUCGACCACGACAUCACGAGCAACGGGCCGGCACAAUCGUCGGCGUACAUCCACGAUGACAGUACCAUCGCGGACAAUCUCUUCAUCAACUAUCUGUCCCGGAUCCAUCGGGACGAUGACUUUCAGUUCAUCCUGAAGGGCGUCACGAGGCUGCUAAACAAUCCGCUCGUACAAAGCUAUUUACCGAAUUCGACAAAACGUUUGCACUGUCACCAGGAACUGUUGGUGUUUUUCUGGAAGAUCUGUGACUACAACAAGAAAUUCCUUUACUUCGUACUGAAAAGCAGUGAUGUGCUGGACAUCCUCGUACCAAUCCUCUACCAUCUCAACGAUUCUCGUGCCGAUCAAUCUCGUGUCGGUUUAAUGCACAUCGGAGUAUUCAUCUUGCUGCUACUGUCCGGCGAGCGAAACUUUGGCGUUCGACUGAACAAACCCUACACAGCUACCGUCCCGAUGGAUAUACCGGUGUUCACCGGAACGCACGCCGACUUGCUGAUAACGGUGUUCCACAAAAUCAUCGCCACCGGCCACCAGCGGCUGCAGCCCCUGUUCGACUGUCUGCUCACCAUCCUGGUGAACGUGUCACCCUACCUGAAGACGCUCUCGAUGGUGGCGAGUAUUAAACUGCUGCACCUGUUGGAAGCCUUCAGCACGCCGUGGUUCCUUUACUCGGCACCCUCGAACCACCAUCUGGUGUUUUUCCUGCUGGAAAUCUUCAACAACAUCAUCCAGUACCAGUUCGAUGGCAACUCGAACCUGGUGUACACCAUUAUCCGCAAGCGUCAGGUGUUUCACGCGCUGGCCAACCUGCCGACCGAUGCCGCCGGCAUUGCACGCUGUCUUAGCAAUCGCAAAGGGGCCGGUGGUGGUGGUGGCGGCGGCAACCGACAGAACAACUCUAGUCAUGGAUCGGGUGGCCGUAGUGUGGCCGGAUCGGACGAUGCUGCAGACUACCAGCAGCGCAAGGCGGCCCUCACAGCGCCAGGAUCGGUUAGCGCUGCCGAGGAAAGCGAGGAGGAAUCGGUUGCCGGUCGCACCGGAAAGCUGUCGCUAAGGGAUGCUAAUGGAACCGAAGGCCAGGUGCCGGUGGCUUUGGUGGGCGAUGAAGAUGCCCGUAGUGACAUUGUGGAAGAAUCGAUGGAAGGUUCCCAUCCAGCGCAGGAAGCUGAACCCGGCACGCUGAAGGUUACGCUGCUCGAUACGCCCAACCUGGCGCAGAUAACGGAACGCGAAUCGGCCCACCCGAGCGAUCUCACAAGCCCCUCGCCGGUCGAUGGUGAAGCGAAGUCGAUUGCAAACGCCCCGACGGGCACAGUGUCGGUGGUGAACGAUGACGACGAAGCUGACAGUGUCGCUAAGGAAACCGAUGUGUCUCCUAGCAAGACACCUUCGCCACUGCGGCGUUCUGUAGCCCAGCGAGGUAGCAUUCGCGUCACGCCAGCCCCUGUGCACGGUCCGCAGGCGAAACAGUGGCAACCGGCUCCGGAGUGGGUUCAAUCGUGGCGCUCGAAGCUACCGCUGCAAACCAUCAUGCGUCUGCUUCAGGUGCUCGUGCCGCAGGUGGAGAAAAUUUGCAUCGACAAAGGCCUUACCGACGAGUCGGAAAUACUAAAGUUUCUGCAGCACGGUACGCUCGUCGGCCUGCUGCCGGUGCCACAUCCGAUUCUCAUCCGCAAGUACCAGGCGAACGGGGGCACCACGGCCUGGUUCCGGACGUACAUGUGGGGCGUCAUUUACCUGCGGAACGUCGAUCCGGCCGUCUGGUACGACACGGAGGUGAAACUGUUCGAGAUACAGCGUGUCUAAGCAGGAAUUCGCCGUGCGCUUUGGCAGCUCUCGCCAGGUAUGCUUUAUUUAUCACUUUCUCUUACUAACCAACACUUAACAAAAGUCGUGCACGCGGACCGUGCUGUGUGGAUGGUGAUUAUUAUCUAUGCCUUUAUGAUAAAUGUGCAAUCAUACCGACUAGCGAAAGUGGUGACCGACGUUGGCCCUGUAAACGAGCAAGCAGCAAACAUUGAUAUAACUAUCACAAUAAUCCCCUGUCCCUACGAUGAGUCCAAGUGAAACUGUUCGACCAUUCCGUUUGAGGCAUUGAAAGGAAAACAAGUAUAAUAUAAAACGACAUACAAUUCAUUCUGAGAUAUAUACCCCUAAACAAUUCCAACAAUUCCCCUCGAGGUCAUUUUUGUGUUGAUCGUCUAUGCGCGUGUUCUUGCUAAUAACAAAUGGCUUUAAUGUAGAGCUGACCGAGUGCUAAGCUUAGAUAUCAAGCUUUAUUGUAAGUUGUCAGUUGUUUAGUUAUCUGUCGAAGCGCGGUCCCAACCAUUUUUUGAUAAACUCCUCGUCCAUAUUGCUAUUGCCCAAGAGAGAAAGUCAGAGCAGAGCGUUACAUAUGAUUGUAAAAUGUAAGCUUAUAUAGAGGCUUCAGGUUCCUCUCGUUUAGAAAAGGACUUUUGACAACAACAAAAAAGUAACGCGUUUAUACUAAGCCAUUCCCUCUUACGGAGUGUAGCUGUUGAAAGACAAGACGAUGGAUAGAGUAGUGAAGCAGGAUAAUAACUGAAAACGGUAGUCUGAUGUUGAAACAAAGAAAGGCAGCAAGGGAAAAGUGAUGAAGUGGAGAUUUAAAGAACUAGGAUAACGGUAACGGAGCAGCGCAGACGUAAUAUAAUUUAAACCAAUCAAACCGAUAACUUAUAAAACUACCAAUAUACAACAUUCACAAUACAUAUACAUACGUGCAACGUGGCGGGCGGCAAAGCCCACCCGGCACGAGGACUGUGUUACAAAAAGA